UUUAUUUUCAAUAUAAAAGCUUCACAGACUGUGAAGAUAAGCAUUUUGAUUUCUACGAACAUGCAUCUAUUCUCGAUCUUCCUGCUGUUCCUAUUUCUGGCAAAAAGCGCAAGCCUUCCUCACACCCGUCCCAGUUUGAUCAAGUGUGACCAGCGCCAGUGCCAGCAAUUCUGUGAUGAAAUGGAUAACGGACGUUACGAAGGUUUAUGUUAUUUCCUCGAGAAAGAAGGUUUGAGGUACGAGUACUGCCAAUGCAAUGAGGCUUGAAUAUGUAUGCUUCAAGGCACACUUACGUUAAAGUUUCCUAUUUUGUGCACGAAUAUCUCAAUUACUGCACAACAGUAAAUUUAAGAUGGAA